AUGUUCAUCGCGCGAUCAGAAUACGACCGUGGAAUCAACACCUUCUCCCCCGAAGGACGUUUAUUCCAGGUUGAAUACUCCCUCGAAGCUAUCAAGCUCGGUUCGACCGCGAUCGGUGUAGCAACGUCCGAAGGUGUCAUCCUGGGUGUUGAGAAGCGUGUCACAUCUACUCUCCUUGAGGCGUCCUCGGUCGAAAAGAUCGUUGAAAUCGAUCAGCAUAUUGGAUGUGCCAUGUCCGGCCUGCAGGCAGAUGCCCGAUCUUUAGUUGAACACGCCCGUGUUGAAACCCAGAACCAUGCCUUCCACUACGCUGAACCUCUACGGGUUGAGAGCUGCACCCAGGCGAUCUGUGACUUGGCCCUGCGGUUCGGAGAAACUGGAGAUGAUGAGGAGAGCGUCAUGAGUAGACCCUUUGGUGUUGCUCUUCUAAUUGCCGGUAUUGACGAGGAUGGCCCUCAGCUGUAUCACGCUGAACCUUCCGGUACAUUCUACCGUUAUGACGCAAAGGCCAUCGGGUCCGGAAGUGAGGGGGCACAGGCAGAACUGCAGAACGAAUACCACCGUUCCUUGACGCUUCCCGAGGCGGAGACACUAGUUUUGAAGACACUGAAGCAGGUUAUGGAGGAAAAGCUAGACGCGAAGAACGUCCAGCUGGCGAGCGUCACUAAGGAAAAGGGCUUCCGUAUCUACAGCGAUGAGGAGAUGGGACGAGCUGUGGCGCAACUGGGUGGAAACCAAUAA